AUGGUAGCAAAAGUUAGGAAAGGGACGAGAGAUAAAGGAGUGAGAAAGGAAGUGGGAUAUAGUUGGGUGGAUACUGGUGAUGCUGAUGGUUCCUUGUAUCCGCAUGGGUUUUCAUCUGGUGAUACAUCCCACCCACAGUCUGGGGAGAUAUGUAGAAGGGCAAAAUGUCUAGGAUUAGAGAUGAAAAUUUUGAGAGAGAACAUGUGGGAGGCAAAAUCACUGAAAAUGGACUCCUUCUCAAGGCCCUCACUUUGA